UGAAGUCCACUCCGCGAUGGAUGAGCCAAGCGGUCAUCUCUUUGGCGGCCCGCAGAUCACCCGUGAACUCGUCGAGUGAGAGCACAAACUUGAUUAAUAGGUUCACUUUGAUCCCAAACCGGAGCCGAUGGCUGUUGUCCACAAAUGUGUGCAUCACUUGUAGGUCACCGAUGGGGCCGUCAAAGCGGGCCAACGCCUCCAUCACCAGUUGCGGCCGUUUCCCGAAGAGCUCCACAAAUAGCGGUUCGUCUAACUCGCGGAACGGUUUCCGCAGACAACUGAUAACGUCUUCGACCGACUCUAUGUCGGACGACACGUGCGGAUCAGUUGCCGAUUGUCUCGUCGCCGACGGCUGUACCAUCGAUGGCCGCAAAAUCACUUCUUCGUCCUCUUCGAAUAAUGAAAACGACGAGUGUAUAGAUGGCGGCAAAUACUGGUUGACUCUGACUGUGAGGCCUAACAGCCAAUCAGAAUCGACGAUUUGUGUCCACACGUGUGUUGUGUCCACCGCUUCCAGUCGUGUGAUGUCUUGUGAGCGGCGAUGCAAAUACAUGACACGCAAUGCCCGCAGAAGUCGUGUCGUUCGCAUCGAUUUGGAUGACGAGACAGACGAUGACGACACGGAACAGCUCUUCGGCAAACACUGGUCGCCCACUCCGACGCCCGAAGUGUCGGCCGUUGUCUGCGGCCGACAACACCACUACCGGUGCCGACACCCGAUGGUCUCCACACCCGAUGGAUCAGCUGUUGGCGGAAGCGGUGGUCGCGUCGGCGCUCUCUUUAAGUAUAGCCAAAGUAGUAGUGGUCAACCGUUCGGGUCGUUGGACACGAAUGAUCUCAACUUCAGUGUCUCCACAAGUGAUCUCGACUUCGAGUUUGAAUUGUUCGAAGAGUUCCGCACAGAAGACACCCAAAGACAGUCACAGCAGACACAGUCCGCCGAAGCCGUGGCCGUCAAACCAUUGCCUCCAGAAGUGGUGACCAUCGAUGAGAUCGCUGUUAAGAUGAUUGAAGAGUACCUGAAGAACGAUGAGAUGUGUUUUAGUGGAUCCGCUAUAAGUGGCCGACAGUCUAAUAACCGAUGGCCACUGAAGUCCACUCCGCGAUGGAUGAGCCAAGCGGUCAUCUCUUUGGCGGCCCGCAGAUCACCCGUGAAGUCGUUGAGUGAGAGCACAAACUUGAUUAAUAGGUUCACUUUGAUCCCAAACCGGAGCCGAUGGCUGUUGUCCACGAAUGUGUGCAUCACCUGUAGGUCACCGAUGGGGCCGUCAAAGCGGGCCAACGCCUCCAUCACCAGUUGCGGCCGUUUCCCGAAGAGCUCCACGAAUAGCGGUUCGUCUAACUCGCGGUACGGUUUCCGCAGACAACUGAUAACAUCUUCGACCGACGAUAUGUGGGACGACACGUGCGGAUCAGUUGCCGAUUGUCUCGUCGCCGACGGCUGUACCGUCGAUGGCCGCAAAAUCACUUCUUCGUCCUCUUCGUGUCCACUCGUGAGGACUGCGAUUUGUGUCCACACGUGUGUUGUGUCCACCGCUUCCAGUCGUGUGAUGUCUUGUGAGCGGCGAUACAAAUACAUGACACGCAAUGCCCGCAGAAGUCGAGUCGUUCGCAUCGAUUUGGACGAAGAGACAGACGAUGACGACACGGAACAGCUCUUCGGCAAGGAUUGGUCAACGACUCCGACGCCCGAAGUGUCGGCCAUUGUCUGCGGCCGACAACACCACUACCGGUGCCGACACCCGAUGGUCUCCACACCCGAUGGAUCAGCUGUUGGCGGAAGAGGUGGUCGCGUCGGCGCUCUCUUUAAGUAUAGUCAAAGUGAGCCGACGAGUGGCCAAAGUAGUAGUGGUCAACCGUUCGGGUCGUUGGACACGAAUGAUCUCAACUUCAGUGUCUCCACAAGUGAUCUCGACUUAGAGUUUGAAUUGUUCGAAGAGUUCCGCACAGAAGACACCCAAAGACAGUCACAGCAGACACAGUCCGCCGAAGCCGUGGCCGUCAAACCAUUGCCUCCAGAAGUGGUGACCAUCGAUGAGAUCGCUGUUAAGAUGAUUGAAGAGUACCUGAAGAAUGAUGAGAUGUGUUUUAGUGGAUCCGCUAUAAGUGGCCGACAUUCUAAGUCAAGACCCGAUAGAAAU